UUGAAAACUAAAACACAUCAAAUUAAACAAUAGAAUAAAACUGAAAGACUAUUUCGAAAAAAAAUUUUAUUGUCAGAAUCAAUGUAUGUGAGCAUAGGGCCGUAUGUAUACAUUAUUUAUGAGAGGAUUUGAACUAUUUUCACCUUCACAUUCUUAUUUUUAUUAUAAUUUGAUAAGAAAAAUUUUUUUUGAAAUAGAUGGCCUUAUUUCCCCAACCCAUCUUAUUUUUCCUCACUUGCAAUUCUGCGUCAGUCUAACUAUUAGUAAUAAAUAAAAUCAUUGAAACAUUAAAAACUGUGCUCAGAAAAUCUUAAUAUUAAUGUAAGUUUUUUUAAAUAAUAAAGUACAUCACAGAGAGAAUUUUUUAUUUAAAAUUACUGCACAUAAUAUAGAAUAAAAAUUAUUUUUUUGAUUUAUUUUAAAAUAAAUAAAUUAAAUUAAAAAUAUUAAACUCAAAAGCCAUAAAAAUUACUAAAAUGUUGCGGAUACGUAUUUCGGAAACAAUGUUACCAUUAUCAACGCUAAACAUAUACUCACUAUAUGAGAAUACAAAAUAAUGGAGGAGUAUCACGUUUCCAAAAGAAAUGGAAGAACUUAGGAAUCCAUUGACUAUGGGUCGCAAAUAUUGAAAAAUAUCUAAGGACACCCAACUUUCCUAGAGUUAUUUUGGUGAAAAUGAAUAUUACGGACAUCUCGGAAGAUCGUUAUGUGCCUUAUUCAGAAAGACCUGAAACAUACAUCGUGCCCGUUAUAUUUGCCAUAAUAUUUGUAGUAGGCGUCUUAGGAAAUGGAACUUUGGUGUUGAUAUUUAUUAGGCACCGAAGCAUGCGAAAUGUUCCCAAUACAUACAUGUUGAGUUUAGCUCUAGGCGACUUAUUGGUGAUACUCACUUGCGUGCCAUUUACAUCAACUGUAUAUACUGUAGAGUCUUGGCCGUAUGGCGAACUUAUUUGCAAGAUUAGCGAAGCUACAAAAGAUGUCUCAAUUGGCGUGUCAGUAUUCACCUUGACAGCUUUAAGUGCUGAACGAUAUUGUGCAAUAGUCAAUCCAAUCAGACGACAUGUUUCAUCAAAGCCAUUCACUUUAAUGGUGGCUGUGGCCAUAUGGAUUUUAGCUAUCAUGUUGGCAAUGCCAUCAGCCACAUUUUCUUACGUAGCCACCGAAGAACUAACAACCGAAAAUACUACACUGGAGUACUGCUACCCGUUUCCAACCACUCUAGGUAGUGGUUUUGUUAAAACCAUGGUACUAUUUAAACUGCUGACUUACUACGUAAUACCUUUAUUUGUAAUCGGUGGUUUUUACUUAAUGAUGGCUCAUCAUCUCAUGGUGUCAGCCAGAAAUAUGCCGGGAGAACUACAACAAAGUGGACAGUCCGGCCAAAUUCAAGCCCGUAAAAAAGUGGCGAAAAUGGUUCUGUCGUUUGUCAUUAUAUUUAUGGUAAGCUUCUUGCCAUAUCACGUGUUCACCGUUUGGUUCCAUUUCUACCCAUAUUCACGUGAUACAUAUGACGACUACUGGCACGCUUUUCGCAUUGUUGGCUUUUGCUUAAGUUUCCUCAACUCUUGUGUUAAUCCAAUAGCAUUGUAUUUCAUCAGUGGUGUUUUCCGUAAACACUUCAACAGAUAUCUGUUUUGUUGGUUUCCGUGGGCAAAUCCCGGUAGCAAUGUGGGUGCCGGAGGGACAAUACUUGGCAAUGCUGUCGAAUCCACCGCUCAGGAUUUCAACCUAACUCGUGUAAACAGCAUGUCAUAUCGUCGUCACAACUCAACCAUUACCAGCCAUGUAACACUAAAUAGCUGUAAUACAUGACGAAUGGGUCUAGGCUGGAGUUGGAUAUCCGUCAGCAAAAGGACUAACCUAACACUACCGCCUCCUCCGACGCCGCCACCAUCCAAGACGCGUAACUGCAACGUUAUUUGAUUCAAAAUCACGAUUUUAAAGGUCGUCACUGGAUGGAUUACCAGGGCUCGAUACUUAAAGCAUUUAUAAAGUUUGUUUUAAUCAUUUCGUAAACAUCGCUGUUGAAUAGAUAUUCAUGUUUGUUUUUCUUAAUACCAAGAAGGGCAAAGUCAUUGAUGAACUUGGUCAGGGCCUUGCGCUUAUAAGAACAUUAUACUUAUAAGAACAUUAUAUAUACGCUUAAGUAAAAAACAAAAAAAAAAGUUUUUUUUAAAAUAAAAUAUAGAAAAGGCUCCACGAAAAAAAUUGUUUACGUUAAUUCUAGUGCUACCAUUGAUAAACAUUAAAUAAUAUAAAUUAUUUAGGUUUUCAAAUUUGUAUAGCUUAGAGGGAACAUCCCUGUGAUACAGUUUAUCGGAUGUGUCCACCAGAUUUAUAAUUUUUGAUCCAGCAAAAAACUACAACUUUUUACAAUCAGAUUAGAAAUAUUUUAAGUUAAUAACUCGGUGCUGUUCGUUCACAAGUGAUAUUUCUCCAAUUAAAAAAAAAUUAUAUUAAUUUUUUUAACAAUUUUUCAAAAUAUCAUUUGUUAGCCUUUUUCUUAAAAAAAAGUCAAUAGGUCGAUAGCAAUUUUAGAGCAAGUACAUAUUAAGUUAAAUAUAUUUUAAUACAUUCAGCGGGUAUGUAAAACCGAUGAAAUAUGCGUUUUUAAUAUACUCAUACUUUCUAAAUACCCACUCUAUGUGUUAAAAUGCGGGUAACUCUAUGAGUAAUUAUUCUAAAAUUGUUAUCGGUCCAUCAAAAUUUUAUGCAAAAAAAAAAAAAAACUAAUGUAAUUAUUUGUUUAACUAAUUAAUUAAUUAGUUUUUUAUUAUUUAUUUUAUAAUAUUGAAAAAAUAAAAAAUAAAAUGUUUUCUGUUUCUAUUAGAAACAAUGAAUUAAAAAUAUGCUUCUAACGUAGUCCAAAACUGUAAAAAAAGUACGUUUGUUGAAUCAAAACUUAUUUAAAAUGUCAGAAUCUAGUGAGAUACUCGAUCAAUUUUCACAAAGUUGAGUGUCAGGAAAGUGACCUGAAAAAAUUCUUAACAUUUUAAGAGUCCCGAGCUCUGAUGAUUACAAAUACAACAACAAAAAAAAAAAAGCUGUGCAAUUAAUUGAAUCAG